UUCACCUACAAGGUCUGCCGUCGUCCUGCACUGUCUUUCCCCAGUGCAGUCUGCGAGUGCAGACCGUGAGCCAUGCCAUCCAACGCUACUACCAAAUUCUUUGCUCUCUCGCAGUCAUUCAGCGUUUCUGACAUCAUUGUCAUUGGGGCCUAUUUUCUUCUAAACGUUGCCGUUGGAAUAUGGUCCUCUUGCAGAGUAAGCAGAAACACUCUUAAUGGUUACUUCCUGGCUGGUAGAGAUAUGGCCUGGUGGCCGAUCGGGGCAUCCCUGUUUGCCAGCAGCGAGGGCUCAGGGCUCUUCAUCGGCCUGGCUGGGACAGGUGCCGCAGGGGGCAUCGCCGUGGCCGGCUUUGAGUGGAACGCAACCUAUGUCCUACUGGCUCUUGCUUGGAUCUUUGUCCCAGUAUAUGUGUCUUCUGAGAUUGUCACGAUGCCAGAGUAUCUGGGUCGGAGGUUUGGCGGAGAGCGAAUUCGCAUGUACCUGUCAGCUCUCAGCCUGAUGUUGUCUGUUUUCACCAAGAUCUCGACGGACCUGUAUUCUGGAGCCCUGUUCGUCCAGGUGUGUUUGGGCUGGAAUCUCUACCUCUCCACUGUCCUCAUGUUGGUGGUCACUGCUCUCUAUACCAUUGCUGGUGGCUUAGCAGCUGUGAUCUACACCGAUACUCUCCAGACCUUCAUCAUGAUCAUUGGUGCAGUCAUCCUCACCAUAACAGCAUUCAACAAGAUUGGCGGCUACGCUAACCUGGAGCAAAUCUACCUGCAAGCCGUGCCGGCUAAGACCAUCCCCAAUACGACAUGCCACCUCCCCAGGCCCGAUGCCAUGCACCUUUUCCGGGACCCCGUGCAUGGAGACCUGCCCUGGCCUGGCAUGACCCUGGGGCUGACCAUCCUUGCCACCUGGUACUGGUGCACUGAUCAGGUGAUCGUGCAGAGGUCUCUUUCAGCAAAAAACCUGAGCCAUGCCAAAGGGGCAUCCAUCUUUGCCAGCUACCUGAAGAUGCUGCCAAUGAUCUUCAUCAUCCUCCCAGGCAUGAUCAGCCGCGCACUCUACCCAGACUCGGUGGGCUGUGUGGAUCCCGAGGAGUGCAUGAAGGUGUGUGGAGCAGAGGUCGGCUGUUCCAACAUUGCUUUUCCCAAGCUGGUCAUUGAGCUAAUGCCUAGCGGUCUCCGAGGCCUAAUGAUUGCUGUGAUGAUGGCAGCUCUGAUGUCAUCAUUAACAUCCAUCUUCAACAGCAGCAGCACACUGUUCACUAUGGACAUCUGGAAGAAACAUCGCAGGGGAGCCAGUGAGAAGGAGCUGCUGUUAGUUGGCAGGAUUGUGACUGUUAUUCUGGUGGUGAUAAGCGUCGUUUGGAUCCCCAUUCUGCAGAGUGCUAACAGUGGUCAGCUCUAUGUUUACAUCCAGUCGGUGACCAGCUAUUUGGCCCCUCCUGUCACUGCAAUAUUCGUGAUGGCCGUGUUCUGGAAAAGAACCAAUGAGGCAGGAGCCUUUUGGGGCUUAAUGGUGGGCUUGGCUGUUGGGGUCACUCGGAUGGUCCUGGAGUUUGCCUUCCCGCCUCCCCGUUGUGGCGUGUUUGACCCUGCCCCCUCCGUCUUGAGGAGCGUGCACUACCUACACUUUGCCAUCAUCCUCUGUGCCCUGACCGCCAUCGUGGUCGCGGUGGUCAGCCUUCUCACCCCUCCUCCCACCGACGAACUGACAUGUAAUCUUACCUGGUGGACCUUGAAAGGCAGCGUUGACAGAGACAUUCCACUACAGAAAGUUUCUACACUCAGCCACAGAACUGAGGGGUGUAAUUCUGUGCACAGGGGGAAGUGUGUACAUGCCGCUGGGUUUUGUAGUCCCCGACCUGCCCGUGCAACUCCUGGGACUACACAUCCUGCGAUCAUUAGCACCAGAGAAGACCCUUUUUGGUCACGGUUUUGUUGUGUCAAUGCUAUCAUUCUGAUCUGUGUUAACAUUUUCCUUUAUGCUUAUUAUGCCUAAUAUUAUGCCUAACACACACACACACACACACACACACACACACACACUUAGAAAGCUUCUCAGCUUCAUUCCUGGUGUUUAUAUUUGCCUCCUGUUAAAGUGCCUGAAAAAUAUGCAGGUGUUCAUAAGGCUACAUGAUGUCUACAUGAGCCCUGUAUGACCACUGACAAUGACCAACAUAAACAUUUUAAAAAGCUGAUUCCUGCAAGCAGCAAUUAUUAUAAAAGUCGGUUUUGUUCAUUUUGAUGUCAAGGUGAGAUACCACUUAUUCUAAGUUACAUUUGUAGACAGUUGGUUAUGUAUGUUGUGAAUCCCAGUCUUUAUACUAAACUUUCCUCCUGACUGGAA